AUGUACCGUAUAUAUGAUAUUCUCUUGUGUUUUCUCUUGACUAAGGAGGAUGCGGGACCCCACGGAACCACCGAGCUUCACCGAGUGGUCACAAGUGGUGAACGGGAGCCCAGAUUCAAAGAUAUCCACCCCAACCAUGGUUAUUCUUUUAUCGACUACUUCCUCAAGUACCUCCUGGUUCUGAGCAACCUAAUGUUCUCCGUCCUGGGCCUGCUUCUUCUCACCGUGGGGCUGUGGGGCCUCAUCAGCAAAGAGUCCUUCACCCAGGAGAAAAUCGGAAGCAUGGGCACCGACCCCAUGCUGCUGCUGGGGACUCUGGGCCUCCUGCUGGCGUUUCUUUGCCUGACGGGCUGUGUGGGCGCCUUGCGGGAAAACACCUUCUUGCUAAAGUUGUUUUCCGGAAUGCUUCUGGUGAUCAUCACGGCGCAGGUUUUGGCCAUCAUCGUGGUGUACAAUGUGCAACAAGAGAUCGGGAACGUCCUACGGUCAGCCAUGUUGGCUGCCAUGGCUCGCUACCAGGACGACCUGGAUCUGAGGUUCAUCACAGAUGAGAUCCAGUCCAAUCUGCAGUGCUGUGGGGCGGAUACUUAUCGCGACUGGGAGGUCAACAU